AUGAAGACCAGUGGGAGGAGAACACGAGGCUAUCUGACGGUGCAUGCCAAUGGAGGGCUCAACCAAAUGCGCGCUGGGAUUUGUGACAUGGUGGCAGUGGCACGAAUCCUCAAUGCCACUCUCGUCGUUCCCGAGCUCGACAAAAGCUCCUUCUGGCAGGACUCCAGCAACUUCUCUGACGUCUUUGACACGGACCACUUCAUCUCUUCUCUAGCGGGUGCUAUGCCUCACCCUUCAUCAUCUUCACACCUCUCCUUCCCCCUCUCCUCCCAUUUCUCCCCAUCUCUCCCCCAUCCGCAGCAACUUCUCCGACAGGUGAAGCGAGUGCACUUCACCAGCUGGGCACCCCUCGCUUAUUACUCCAAGGAGAUCGGCCGCUACUGGCGCCAAUACAAGGUGCUGCGGGCACUGAAGACGGAUUCACGACUAGCCAACAAUGGGUUGCCUGCAGACAUUCAGAAGCUGCGCUGCCGCGUGCACUUUGAGGCGCUGCGCUUUGCUCCGCACAUACAGGCGUUCGGAGAGGAGUUGGUGCGGCGGGUGAGGAAGGCCGGGCCGUACGUGGCGCUACACCUGCGGUACGAGAAGGACAUGCUGGCGUUCAGCGGGUGCUCGCAUGGGCUGUCCCAGGCGCAGGCGGACGAGCUCACAGCGACUAGGGAAGGGGAGAGGAUAGAGGAGGCUCUGCAUCUGCGGUAUGAGAAGGACAUGCUGGCGUUCAGCGGGUGCUCGCAUGGGCUUUCCCAGGCGCAGGCGGAUGAGCUCACAGCCACCAGGCGCGCCACAAAGCAGUGGAGGGUGAAGGACAUUAACGCGGCGGAGCAGAGAGCGCAGGGCAGCUGCCCCAUGACUCCAAGGGAGGUGGGGGUGCUGCUCUCUGCCCUCGGCUUCCCCAACCACACGCGCCUCUACAUCGCUGCCGGGGAGAUCUACGGUGGAGAGGACACGAUGAAGGAUCUACGGGCGAGAUUUCCCUUCAUUGAGCGCAAGGAAACACUAGCAACCCCAGAAGAGUUAGCGCCGCUGGCAGCGCACCAGAACGCCAUGGCAGCACUGGACUACCUCGUGUCCAUUCAGGCUGACGUGUUCCUCGCCACCUACUCGGGCAACAUGGCCCGCGCUGUGGAAGGGCACAGGCGGUACCUGGGGCAUAAACGCACCAUCUCCCCUGACAGGAAGGGCUUGGUGCAGCUGAUCGACCGGCUGGACAGGGGAGAGCUGCAAGAGGGACCUGCAUUCUCAGAGCUCGUGUGCCUGCUGCACAUGCACAGGCAGGGGGCACCACGGCACAGGAAGGGCCCACUACCAGGGGUGAAGAAGAAGGACCGGCACAGGUCGGAAGAGGCCUUUUAUGCCAACCCUCUCCCGGACUGCCUGUGCCAAACCAAGCCUGAGAGGCUCGGUGGCCAAGCCAUACUGUUCCGAGAAAGGGCAGGUCAAUAA